AUGCUUGAAUCGAUGAUCAUGAACCGAAUCUUUCGGUACUUCAUGAAGUUUCACGGAUACUUCAUCGCGUUCUGCACGAUCUUCUUCACCUCCGUCAUCAUCGUGAGCUCGUUCAUGGGCCGGGACGUACACGACGAGCCCCUGUUCGUGGAGGAAGAGUUCGAACCGGUGCUAAAGUUUCCCGUGCUGAUACAGCUCGAAUCGGUCCUAUGGUUGACGGCAUCGGUGCUGUUGGUGGCCGGACUGUACAAGGAGCACAAGAUUUACAUCACCCCCUUUCUGGCGCUGUUCAUUGCGGACGGUGUGGUGGUGAUCGUGCAGGAAACGGUCAACCUCUGCACCGGACGCAUGUCCGAGUUGGCCACGAUCGAUACGCGCCAGCUGGUGGUGAUGAUACUGGCGAACGUGUACGUGCUGGUCAGCCUAAUCGUGCUGUAUCGGAUGUUCGGCAAGGAACCGCUGCCAACCACCCAGAACAACUUCGUGCGCUUCGAUAACGAGCAGGACGUGGAGGCGGGCCCGGGAACCGUCCCGGCAACGAUCAUUCCCACAGCACCACCCGUCACAACAGCCAAUGUCAACGGUGCGUUGAACUCGCCGCCGCCCGGUUUCGCGAGUAACGGUGUCACGCAGCACGCGACCUAA